AUGCCUUCACAAACACAGGCAAAGGAAACACUUAUACAUGACAUCAUCAUCGAAUUCUCAUUGAAUGAGGAGCAAGAAAGAGCAUUCAAGAUGGUUGUGGAGGGGUGCACAGGUGAUCAAAAACAGCUCAUGAUGUAUAUAGGCGGAAUGGGUGGAACAGGCAAAUCGCAAGUGUUCAAGGCUAUCACAGCAUUCUUUGAGAGGAGGGGUGAAGCAUAUCGAUUCAUGAUAAUGGCACCCACUGGAAGUGCUGCAGCCAAUGUAGGUGGCUCAACAUAUGCAUCUCUGCUUGGGAUUGGAAGGGAUGAAUUUGGGUCUUCCUCAGUGGCUACACUAUCAAAGAUACGGGAGAGAAUAGGUCGAGCAGAUGUAUUUCUCAUAGAUGAAGUGUCUAUGGUCAGCUGCGAGCAGCUGGCAAAGAUCUCAUCACAGUUGUGCUUA